GCGUUCGGCGGAGCCGCCCGGGCGGGCAGGACCCGCGAACGCCGAGCCAGGGGCGCAAGGCGAGCGCUGCCAGUCGCUCUAGCUCCUGCUCCCCGCCCGGCAGGCGGGUCAUGUCCCGGGCUCUGGCCGCGGCGCGCACUCCGGCCCGGCCAUGAGGAGCGGCGCCGAGCGCAGGGGCAGCAGCGCCGCGGCGCCCCCCGGCUCGCCGCCCCCCGGCCGCGCGCGCCCCGCCGGCCCCGACGCGCCCCCCGCCCCGCCGCCGCCCGCCGCGGGCCAGCCCCGGGCCAGGGACACGGGCGAUGCUCGCGCGCAGCCGCGCCCCCUGUUUCCGUGGAGCAAGUGGAAGAAGAGGAUGGGCUCGUCCAUGUCGGCGGCCACCGCGCGGAGGCCGGUGUUUGACGACAAGGAGGACGUGAACUUGGACCACUUCCAGAUUCUCCGUGCCAUUGGGAAGGGCAGCUUCGGCAAGGUGUGCAUAGUGCAGAAGCGGGACACGGAGAAGAUGUACGCAAUGAAGUACAUGAACAAGCAGCAGUGCAUUGAGCGGGAUGAGGUCCGCAACGUGUUCCGGGAGCUGGAGAUCCUGCAGGAGAUCGAGCACAUCUUCCUGGUGAACCUCUGGUACUCCUUCCAGGACGAGGAGGACAUGUUCAUGGUGGUGGACCUGCUGCCGGGGGGAGACCUGCGCUACCACCUGCAGCAGAACGUGCAGUUUUCCGAGGACACCGUGCGGCUGUACGUCUGUGAAAUGGCCCUGGCCCUCGACUACCUGCGCAGUCAGCACAUCAUCCACAGAGACGUGAAGCCCGAUAACAUUCUCCUGGAUGAGCGAGGACACGCACACCUGACCGACUUCAACAUCGCCACCAUCAUAAAGGAUGGCGAGAGGGCGACCGCGCUGGCCGGGACCAAGCCAUACAUGGCUCCGGAGAUCUUCCAGUCUUUCGUCAGCGGUGGGACCGGCUACUCCUUCGAGGUGGAUUGGUGGUCGGUGGGGGUGAUGGCCUACGAACUGCUGCGUGGAUGGAGGCCCUACGACAUCCACUCGGGCAACGCCGCGGAGUCCCUGGUGCAGCUGUUCAGCACCGUGAGCGUCCAGUAUGUGCCCACCUGGUCCAAGGAGAUGGUGGCCCUGCUGCGGAAGCUGCUCACCGUGAGCCCCAGGCACCGCGUGUCCAGCCUGCGGGACGUGCAGGCGGCCCCCGCGCUGGCCGACGUGCUGUGGACUGAGCUGAGUGAGAAGAAGGUGGAGCCCGGCUUCGUGCCCAACAAAGGCCGCCUGCACUGCGACCCCACCUUCGAGCUGGAGGAGAUGAUCCUGGAGUCGCGGCCGCUGCACAAGAAGAAGAAGCGUCUGGCCAAGAACAGGUCGCGGGACAGCAGCAGGGACAGCUCCCAGUCGGAGAACGACCGUCUUCAGGACUGCCUCGACGCCAUCCAGCAAGACUUUGUGAUUUUCAACAGAGAAAAGCUGAAGAGGAGCCAGGACCCCACGAGCGAGCCCCUGCCUGCACCUGAGCCCGGGGAGGGCGCGGAGGCCUUGGCGGACGGCGAGGGGGCGCGCUCGGCCCUGCACGUUUGUGGCACCAUCUGCCCCUCGGCCGGGAGCAGCUAGGUGGCCCCGCCCACGGCGUCAGCUCAGGUCACGCCGGAGACUCGGGGCGUCCAGAGGGACCUGGCGGCGGGCGGAGGCCCAGCAUCGACUUUCCCACGGAGCGGCCCGGCGGGUCCAGGCCCAGGCCCAGGCCCAGGCCGGCGGCUCCCGCUGCACCCCGGCUGGAAUUUCCCUGGACAGUCCGACCGCCGAGGCUGCCCUCCAGCUCUCGGUAGCACGUGGUGACAAGAGGCUGUCGGUGUGGCCGAGAGCAGUGGGCGUGGAGGGCGGGGGCCACCUGGGCAAUGGCGGAGGGAAGCACGUGGCCCGCACGCGGGCUCUCCUGGCGGCCCCCCGACGGGCCGCGUGGUGGGACGGGCGCCCUGGUCUCCUGCCACCUGCUGUACAUAGCCUGCCUCGCCCGGCCCUGCCGCCUGGAGCCGGGGGGGCGGCCCAGGGGCUGCUCGGCUCUUGUCUAUCAAGGGGGGAGGGGUGUGGGCGUGAAGAGUGUUUUAUAGAGAUACAGACCGUUCUGGUAAUUUCUGCUGUGUUCCUGUAUAGUUUCCACCUCUGAGAAAAACAUGAGAACCACUUGGUGUUGGCUGUUUUGCACGCUCUGUGCCUGCUGCGUUACAGAGAAUGUUCGUCUGGGAGUCAGGGCGGUUCCUGCUGGGGCAGGGCCUCCCCGGAGCCCCGGUCCUCGGCCUUGGGGUGGAUGCCCGUCUCCUGCCCCAG